AGUUUCUCCCUCAUAAUCAAUAGUUUCACUUUGUCUAAGUUUGCACCUCUUACUUCCAAACCUGCGUGCUUUUAGCCAAAAUGAAAAACACAGAAGUAAAUCGGGAACAAUUCGUUCCAUCGUCUGUCAUAGAAGAGACUACAGAAUCGGUUGAUGAAUUGAGACAGAGACUAGACAGAAUGAAGAAGCUGAUGUCUGACAGAAACCCUAAUCUUGAUGGGAGCUCACAGAGACGAAACAACGGACCUGGUGUUAUAGAUGGAAAUUUUCUUAGUGUUAUGUUUGGUGUAGCUUUAGCCGUUAUAGUGUCCGUUAGCGCUUAUGCAUUUUAUAAUCUGUUCGUUGCUAUUUUAAGAAGAAACGCUAGGUAUCACGAAGAACUUUAAAAAAAUUACAUUUAUUUAGAAAUUAAGACAGUUUUAUGUAUAUAUACGGAA